AUGAGUUUUGAAGACAUUUUAAUCAUCCUUGGGGAUUUCGGUCGUUACCAGAAGUACCAGGUUUUACUCAUAUCCCUAGCCAUCUCAGCAAGUGCUUGGUAUGAUAUGGGUAACACCUUUCUCAGUGGGUCGUCCGAUCACUACUGCCGAGUUCACAAAAACCAAACGUAUCGCAUAAACUCCCCAUUGAAGAACUAUACGAUUCCGUACAAGAUCGAUAAGGGUGUAAUUGAAUGGUCGCAGUGUGUUCGCUAUAACAGGAUAUUACCUGAAUGCCACGAAAGAGGCACGGAUGUCGUACGUUGUGACAAAGGAUGGGUAUAUGACACCAGAGCGUAUGAGAGUACAGUCGUACAUGAUUUUGAUCUGGUGUGUGACAACGACUGGAUGAAACAGUUAUCUAAAUCACUCUCACAAGUUGGUGCACUAUUUGGGUCAUACAUAUUGGGCCAACUAGCAGAUAGAUUUGGUCGGAAACCUAUAUUUGUAUCAAGCGUGUCCUUUGCUGUUAUAGUGACAGUUAUUACAUCGUUUGCUCCUGUUUUUUCAAUAUUUGCAAUCGGACAGUUUCUUUGUGGGUUUCUAGUAAUUGGUAUUUAUAACAUUGGAUUUGUUCUAG